UUCUCCGUGCCUUCCCUCCGCGCGCCGCCGGACGAUUGGCGUCGGGUGAUGGCAGGCGUCACUUGCUGACCCCGGCGCUGCGAGGACGAGGCACCGGCCAGAGCGUAGGAGAGGAGGAUAUAUCGGUGGCUGUGAGGUGUCCAGGCUGUUCCGAAAUGCUCAGGGGAGCCUGAUGACCACAAUCGCCUCUCCGCCGUGUGAGUUUAUUGCUUUUUGUCUGGCAGUGGCGGAGGUCUCGCCUGUUGUCACGGCAUGGGUGGAGUACGUGGGAGGGCGAGCACGCUAAUUAAUCAUGGAGGCAGUCAGAGGGGUGGGUUUACCUGCGAUUGUGGCUACACUGACACACGUACCGCACUAGGGAACAGACACCUCGGUCGGUGCGGUUCCGCCGCACCGUCGGAGACGGCUUGAGCUUCGCCGAGAGCAGCAUCACACACCAGCAGGGUUGGAAAUGGGCUUGGUGCUAACAUGUCGGUUGAAGGUCAAAGGCAUGAGGGGCAUCAACAAGGCAAGCUUUGAGCAUUGACGCAGAGUCUCAAAAUAAU